UCGUGAGAGGCCGCGUAGCUAACAGACGCUAACUAAAGUAAACACCGCGUACAUAUUUCGAUCAGUUUGACUCGGGGGCUGAAUAACAUUAAGGGACAGACAUGAUCAAAGCAAUAUUGAUUUUUAACAACCACGGGAAACCGCGGCUGAUCAGAUUCUAUCAAUAUUUUGCGGAGGACAUGCAACAGCAGAUAAUACGGGAGACUUUCCAUCUGGUGUCCAAGAGAGACGAUAACGUCUGCAACUUCCUCGAGGGUGGAAGCCUCAUCGGCGGCUCCGACUACAAGCUGAUCUACCGCCACUACGCCACGCUCUACUUUGUCUUCUGUGUGGACUCGUCUGAGAGCGAGCUGGGCAUACUGGACCUGAUCCAGGUGUUUGUGGAAACGCUGGAUAAAUGCUUUGAAAAUGUCUGCGAGCUCGACCUCAUAUUCCACAUGGACAAGGUCCACUACAUCCUGCAGGAGGUGGUGAUGGGGGGCAUGGUGCUGGAGACCAACAUGAACGAGAUCGUGGCUCAAGUGGAGGUGCAGAACCGCAUGGAGAAGUCAGAGGGCGGCCUGUCGGCGGCGCCCGCUCGCGCCGUCUCCGCCGUGAAGAACAUGAACCUGCCGGAGAUUCCGCGCAACAUCAACAUCGGAGACAUCAACAUCAAAGUGCCGAACCUCUCCCCGUUCUGAGCCGCAUUCCUCCGCAGACCCGGUGCACUACUGAAGCGGCCGUCCUCCACCCAGCUCUGUGGCUGACGGCUGAAAACACUGCUGGUUUUAAGUUAAAUGUACUAUGGAGCCACAGCAGCUCCCUCUCCACUUCCCCUGAUCUUUCCACAUGUGGGAGGUGAGCUGUGGGUUACACACUUCUGCUGUAUAUAUACUACACCAUUAUUCUAACUCAGAAUUUGCACAAAUGAUGUAAAAUUUGAUUCUCUAAAGCAUCAAGAGUAAUAUCUAUUUUCAGCUAUUCUCUCAGUUUUGUAUGUCUUAAAUUGAUUCCAUAUGAAUGAAGCGUCUCCGCCUUGUUAUUGACUUUUCAAAUCUAGACUUUCAUCAGCAGUCGCUCUGAUUGAGGUUUUAAAAAAUGUUCCCUCCAGCCGGCACAGACUUUCUGGACUCCGCUCAACUCUCUGAAAUAUGAUUCUCAGGCUUCUGUAUUCGGCUCUAAUUACUCAAGUGCUGGCUGGGCUUUCCUUGCAAUUUAUUUUUCCCUCUGUGUAAUAUAUUUCGACUUGCUUGUGAUUUGUGAAUACUGUUUUUGUUCUGCCGGGCAUGGACUGUGCUCGGCGUAAAAUGUAAAUGCUGUUUAGUUCAAGCCAAGUUUAUAUUGUGCUGCGAUAGCGUCUUGCCAACAUCUGUUUGAGAGUACAACAGACCAGUUACUUUAUUCUGCUUUUUUUUGGAUUUUUUCAGUUUUUGUAUGAAGCGUUUUAGCCUCGUCUUGUCUGUGUUUGGUCCGAUCUGUUCAAACUCUGUUAUCGUGAACGUCUUUCUAGGAAGACGAUGUAUCUCUGUGUCAACGACAUUCCUCCCCCAAGGCAAAUAAAUAUUUCCAAACCCCUGUGG